GUGACAUUUGUCUGCUGUUUGAUUUGCCCUUGGAGUCUUCAAACAGAACCCGAACUUCCUUGUGUAAAUGCUUUUGCUUCUAUAAAAGAAGCCUCAGAAAUCUGUUUUUAUACCACCUGCGAGCUGAUGUUUAUUGCCACAGCUAUCACAACAAUUCAGCUUGAUUCAUGACAGUUUUUUCUGUCAAGAAAUAAACAGUUCUACACAAGAGGAUUAUCAGGAUUAUUACGAUAAUGAUUGCAUGGUUGUUGCUGCUGUCACUCUUCGGAAAAAGUACACAAGAUGGACAAGAAAACGGUGUGUUGCGUUGUGGACCUCAGAAUGUAACUCUUGCCCACAACGAUCAGACACUCCUGUUAAAGUGGGAAGAUGACCCUUCUUGCUCUGUGAUACGAGGUGGGCUCGUGUACGAGCUGCAGGUUCUCACUGCAGACAAACCUGUACACAGUGGUGAAGUUGUUGUGACACCUGCACAGAUAGGAUCUACUCAUUCCUGGAAAUGGACUUCCCAUUUACCAUCGCAGUGUGCUCGCCAUUCAGUCCGGCUCAGGUCCCAAUACAACAACCAAUCAAGCCCAUGGUUGCAGAAGACACUACCUGGGAUGCAAAGCCCAGCAGAAAUAUCAGUUUUCCCAAAGGACAAAAUACUUGAAGUAGGCAGCAGAGCCACAUUCUGCUGCAUUGUGCCAGAAGGAAAAAGUUUCAGGAGAAUGUAUGUAAAUGGGUAUAAAGGCAUCGAAAAAAAGAUCAGUGAACAUGUGCAUGCCCUGACUGUUCACCUGGAAAAACAAUCAGAAAACUGGAGUGAUGUAAUAUGUGAAACAACCAAAGGAGAGAACAGUGGAGCCAGUUUUCACGCUGGCUACCCCCCUGGCGACAGUGAUCUUCAGUGUGAAACCCGGGAUCUGGAAUCUGUCGAUUGUUUUUGGAAUGUAGGAAGGAAAAUGGAGGAACUUGACAUAGUGAGAAGAAAAUACCAGCUUCAUGGAAGCCCAUGCAUCAGUGGACAUUUGGGCAAAUGCUUCCAAAAAGUGGAGGUGGAUGCUGCUGAGAGGAACUGGACCUUAACAGUUACUAAUCCUCUGGGAAAGCUUGAGCUCCAUGACAAGGCGGACCUGACCAAAAGAGUGCACAUGGUUGCUCCAGAAAAAGUGGCAGCUUCAACUGUGAACCCCAGAAACAUCAGUCUGAAAUGGAGCUGGACUGUGCAGAAGUACAGUAAUCUCAACCUCACAUGCCAAGUAGAUGUCAGCGAUGGAGACUCUAAUACCAAAACUAAAAACUUUGGAGUUGGCCUAACAGCUGCAGUUAUCAAGGACCUGAUACCACACUGGGACUAUGACGUGAGGGUUCGAUGUGGAACAGCACAGCAUUUCUGGAAAUGGGGUGACUGGAGCAAAAGUGUCAAAAUCCGCACAAAGGGUGAUGUUCCAGAUGCUCUUGACGUGUGGAUGAAGGUGAAGGAAGACCAGACUGUAAUCUCCUGGAAGGUGCCACUGACCAAUCAGAGCCAUGGAGAAAUCUUUGACUACAAAGUGUCCUGGGCAAAGACCAAAGAGAAAAAUCAACCAAACCAAACCAACGUGUCCAGAAGCAAUCACAGGCUUACACUCACGCUGGACCCCAGUGAGGAGUACAUGGUCACCAUCACGGCUAGAAACAUAAACGGCAGCUCAUCCCCAUCGACCAUCAUCAUCCCCCGCCUCAAUCUAGAUAAAUCCGAGGUGAAGACCUCCUGGAUCAGUGGCAGCAAUGGUAGCUUCUUCCUGUCCUGGCCUGUUAGUCCUAACGCCAGCUGUGGCUACAUAGUGGACUGGUGUCCAGUCUUCGGUAAUUGCACCUUUGAGUGGAUGAAAGUGCCUCCCAACAGAACUCUUACCACAGUUUUUUCAAAGAACUUUGAGGAUGGUCGGAGAUACCUGCUGUCCAUAUACGCCUGCACAGAGAGAGCUCCGGUGCUACUACAGAGAAGAGAGGGCUACGUCAGAGAGACCAAAAUAGAAGGCGAGCUGUUUAAACUGAAAAACAAACAGGAAGACUCGGCUGUUGAGGUAUCCUGGGAGCCCAUACCUCUGGAAAAGCAGACAGCUUCCAUCCAUGGAUAUAUUCUCUACUACCAGGACAAGAGCGGGGAUGUUUUUAACGUGAGCACAGAUGAUCCUGAAGCCACCAGCCUCACUGCAAAGAACCUGAACAUCAGUACGUACACCUUGACAGUGACAGCAUCAACAGCAGUUGGACUUUGUGGUAAUACAUCCAUCAUUGUCAUCUUGAAUCCCCCGGCUUAUAACUUGAUAAUGCUGACCUUGAUAUCCCUGGGAGCAGUUUUUCUUAUUGUGUCUGUCAGCAUAAUCAUCUGCUACAGACACUGGGCAUGCAUCAAGCACAAAGUCUGUCCUCCAAUCCCGAAGCCAGUGCUGACUGAGUGGCUAACAGAUGAACAUACCAUUUGUCAUCUUCACUUUGAUCAGAGUCACUACAGCGAGGUCUUGGAUGUUCCUGAGCUGCACGAUUAUUUUAGUGCACCACAGCCUGUUGUUGGCCAGGACUACAUGCAUUCUUUUACCUUCUCUCAGACUCCCAAAGGUUACUAUAAUAAGCCUAUGAAAAAACUCGAGCCAUGCCUUACUUUACCCACUACAGGCCUCACAUUUCGGCCAGGCGUUCCAUUUUUUCCAGGAAAUGAUGUAUUUCCUAACCCUUCAUAUAACCUGAUAGUGCAGGGUGAAGACCAGCAGUCACAAUCACAUCCUGAGAUCCAGGAGGGGAUGCUUAUAAUUGAUAGCAGAUACCAGCCUCAGAGUCCUGAAGAGACCUUUACCGCAACUCAGCCUGAGGACGUGCCAGACAGUCCUCUUUCAUAUUCGUCCACUUACAUUUUGUUGCCACAGAAGACGUCCAAGUAGCUGCUGCAUGUGUGAACACAUUUAAAACUUAUGUGAGUACUUCAGGCAUUGCUAACUGCUGUAUAGUUCAUCCAUCAUCCACCAGUUCAUCAUUGAGCCAACCAGGGUUAGGGUUGGGUUUUGCUUUAGUCACACGCUAAACAGGCAUCAUUUUAAAUGUAAAAGAUGUUUCCUUUCAAUAAAGUCUCAGACUCACUGCCCAGCUCUAACCUGGUGGAUGCUGGGUAUGAUCACUAUAUAUCACGCAUGUAUGAAUCUCUAUAGAAGUGAUAAUUAUAGUCAUAAACAAGCUUUCUAAUAGUGAGUAAUCUGUUUGGCUUCAGGCUUUCAGGUAAUUGUGAGCCACCAUUACCACAUAUUUUAAGAAUGAAAAAGAUACAGCUGAAACACUGUUCCAACUAACACAGCUCUGGGAUCCAUAGAAAGAUACUGCAUGCCAGGCACAUGUGGAUGCGUCACCACUUUGUCAGUACAGAAGAAACGAAUGUUCUCAGAAACAGCAGAACAGUAAAACUCCUACAGGAAAGUCCUCCCUAGGGUUAAUUAGUGGACUUCAAGGUAAGCAUGUGUACCUCUUUAAAGGCCAAAGCAGCACAUAUAUGUUGCCAAGCGGUAAAAGGUCCAUAUUAACAACAAUUCUUCAACUUGUUUAGGUGCAAAAUCAGAAGUAAAACGUAGCUUCGGAGAACAUUUCUACCAGUUAGAGUUUUUUUGUUUUGUUUGUUUUUUUGUUUUGUUGUCGUCAAGUUUACUGAACCUUGUGUCAUUUUAAUACUGUAUAACAAUAAA